CAUGAAAAAUCUAGAAAAUGUUUUUUAAUGUGGAACACAUUUUUAUUUUCUAUAUAGGGGUGCAAAUUAGAAACUCAAGAAAAAUACACGUAGAAAUGUGGUCAGGUUUUGAACAAUUACAGCUCAGUCAAUUUUGUAUAAAUUAUUAAUAUCAUGUCACCAUUUGAUUGGAAAUAUUUCUACGUAUUGAUUUGAAUGUUCAUAGUCAUGUAUUUUUAAUUGUAUAUCAUUGAAAUGUUUAUUAAUAGCUAGCAGUGUCCUAUUUGUCUGCAAAAAAAUCUCCGGCAUACCGGAUUUCCCUGCCAUAGUCGACGGUUUUGAAGUAGUAAGCGAUGUAUCAAAGGGACAGCAUCGCUCUGAUUGGUCAAUCGAUGCAAAAGCGAAGCUGUUGGAAGCACGCGAAUCUAUAAAUAGAAGCGAAAUUAUAGCUAACGUUUCAGUCCUACAUGUAGCAUGCCCGAUGUAGGUUGUUGCUAGACAGCAAGACAAAAAGUGCCAUAAAACGAUUUGAAGCUUUAAUUGGUAUGCUCUGAUCUUGUGUCAUGCAAGCUCGGAUGAAAUUCCAUGUUAUGUCGUUUCGCCUGAAAAAUGGAAAACUACCCCAAGGUAAAUGUUGAGUGCGUAAGAUUAAUUUCUAAUUUAUAUAAGAUGAACUCGAUUGAUAAUGAGAAAAUGUUUAUCGCUUCAACUUGGUAUAGAAACGCUAUAAAAAUAACUGCUUGCAUACAAAACUUGAACACAAGCUUGGCGAAGAGAAGCUUAAAUAUCCGUUCGCAAGCAUGUACAUACAUAUAAUUGCAUACAUUUGGGCUAUUGAUGUAAUUUCGUCGGUUACAAAACAAAGACAAAUCAAAUGUGUUGAAUGAAAAAGGGAUUAUACAAUGUAAUGAUCUAAAUAAAAGGAAACAUGAAUACGUGAAUAUUUCAGGAAAAUGACAUUGCAAUAACGUUUUUCUAAUAUUAAACUAGUUAAAAUACAAUGCAGUAUAUGAGCAAACUGUACCGGGUUGCCAGCAUACAUUUUAUUAUUUUGAUGAGAAGUUUUAUCACAUUAAUCUAUCGCAUGGGUUGGACAUUACAUGGAUUCCAAUGAACAAUGAAAAAAUAUUCAACUUUCACAAAGAUAGAAUGUCUGUGUGUUUGGCUGCCUUGUCGAGCCAAUUUUAGUUCUCUCUCCUUUUUCAGAAUGCUAUCAGGAAACCAAAGCGAAAAAAAUGGCGGAUGCAUUGAAACUGACUUAGUUUCACAGAAAAAUACAAGACUUUAUUUUUAUCGCGAUAACAUAUAUGGUUUUAUGUACUAAUCGCAUCUAAACUAAAUUAUCUAGACUUUGUCACGGUAGAUUUAUGAUGCAAGCCUUCAAAGCCGAGAUAUUCGAUGAACAAGUAGAGGUAUGCAUCUCCGAGCGUUCCAAUUUUCAGCAGUUCUUCAGUCAGAAAAAAUACAACACGACCGCUAAACUCAAUGAAUCAUCCUGAAAAUUUCACAGGAUAUUCUCAACUAAAUUUCGAAGACAUUGUGGGUUUUUAUAUAUUCUGCACCGUUUCCAAGAAAAUUUAAUUUGAAAUGGGAAAAUAGCUAAAAACCUACCACUUUACGAUACUGUCUUCGGCCCUUAAUGUUGGUCAGCUCAUGAGCUGAAAUUGCUCAAACAAGUUUCUCAAGCGGUAACAUCAUGCCUACGAAAGCAUCUAAACUUUUCAUUCAAUAUUUUCCUAAAGUGAUGUCAGAUCUGCUUAUUUCAGCAAGAUGCAAACUAUAUACAAGUACUAUAUCUAUAUCUGAUUGAGUAUUGUUUCUAUUGCCUAUCUAUGCCUAUGCAACUUUUUAUUUCUGCAACUUAUAACUGAGUUCAAACUGCACAAUAGCGCUCAACUCAAAUAGAUAAAUCUUGCCCAACCGUUUUUAAUUGCAAGUUUCGAAUUUCAUGUAGUUUUGACGUGAAUACGUCUUACUAUGGAGCGCCUUUUCAAAAUUUUUUUCUGUGGAAAAAUGGGUAGAACUUGAGUUGUACUAAACGUAAAAAUGCAAUUCUUUCUGCAUGUCAUUGGAAAUAUGAUCAGCAAUUUAUGAUUAAUUUUAUAACAGUUUGAGAUAACCAUAAACAACUCAUAAAUUAGGUUUAUUUUUAAAUUUUCGGAAACAACGGGGAAAAGUCAUCAUGCUUGAUUGCCCUUUUCGUACCAGCGACGACGAUUUUGAGGUAGUCAGGCACAUAUUAGUUCCGAUGUUCCGAAGGAUUAUGCGAAGUUUUCCUCUAUUGAAAUUCGACAAAAUGCCCUGUCUCCCACAAGCUGCGUUUGCCGUUCACAAAUUGCGUAAACCAAAGCCGGAAUCCGGACUCACGGUGGCUCGGUGCUCAAUGGAGAAACAAGACAUGCCACGGUUCUUCAAUAACCAAAUGAUGGACCUUUCACCGGUCAAGUACAGCGAUAAGUUUAUGAACAGCAUCUGGGGACUGUACAAUCGUUAUUCGCCACAUAACUUCAAGAAAAACAACGGUGCUGACGAGCAGUACUUCAGCAUGCAACAGCCAUUCGCUGUUGCAUGCGCCGCUUCGGAGAAAAACAGCUCUGAAGCAUCGGUCGGUUCCAAGAAACAUUAAAAUUGUCAAUUAUUGGAAAUAUUUAAAUGGUAGUGAAUAACUAUUGAAUGUAGAUAAAUAAGAAGAAUACAUAUCUGUGUUUUUUAUUAGAUAUUAAAAAUCCUUCUAAAAUAUAUGUAUGAAUUUCUGGGA